AACUUCGGCGAGCCCGUGUAAUUUACUCAUCUGUGUCUCACUUUAUCCUUUUGAGCCCAACUGUGUUGUCUGUCUGUCUGAUUCUAACAAAGGGAUGGAGGCCAAGGUGUUACCGCUAACAUGCACGCCGCCUCUCUUGCCAUCUAUUCCGUUUCAAGCUAAUAUGCGCACUGUCUACUUCAAGCCCAGAAGCCUAAGCUGCUGCGCAGCUAUGAGAAAGAGCACAGCCAAGACCAAAAAAGGAGAAGAGCAGCUUCUUGACGGAAUGCCGAAGGAGUAUUAUGAUGAGGAAUGGCAAGCCCAACAACGAGAAAAGACCAAGGAGUUAGAAAGACUACGUAAACAAGAAGAUGAUGAAGAAGAAAGGAUGGUUGAAAACUAUCGUGAAAUUGGUAUACGGUUGAAGGGGUAUCCUGAAGAAGAUGUUAAGAAAGCAAAGAAACUGGUUUCAAGCUUUAUCAGAGCUGAAGAAGAAGUAGAAGAGAAAAUUGAGGAAGCUGCUGAGAAAGGAGAACUCACUGAACUUGUUCUAAUGGUCAUAUGGAAUCGCCUUGAUCUUGCUCGGCGCGAUGAUGAAAAGGAUGCUAUUCGAAGUCUUGAUCUUUUGUACAGAAGAAUUGAGACAGAGAUUCUGAAACGAGAGGCUACUCCUGCCAUGAGACUGCUGAAUGAUCUUUUGAAUAUGCACGAUGGAUUUAAUGAUGAUGAAUGGAUGAAAGAAUGCAGAAAACGCAUGAUUGACACCUUUCCACGGGAGGACCCAUUUAGCAUUCUUGCUCCACCUGGGUUUGACAUUGAUCAGCAUGCAGGGCCAGUAAGACCACCACUAGAAGCUGAUGAUAUUCUCUUGAGGGUAGAUUUUGUAAGAGAGGUUGAUGCUUUGCUUCAAGAGGUUCGGCAAGAACAAAGUGAAGAGCAGAAUGUAGAAGGGUUUGAUCCUGAAUCUGUUGCAAGCAAACUGAAGCAACAGGAGAAGCAAAGAACAAUACACAAAGUAGAAGCUCUGCUAGACCUGGCCAUUAGUUUAAAAUGGUAGCCACAUACGUUGUUGUUUUCUUGAAAAGCUUAGGGAAAAGAAAAACUACGAGACCUCCUGCCUUUUGGAUUGUGUCUACCUCUAAAACCAAUGACGUGAUAACGAGUUCCAUAAUCAAAGAACUUAAAGCACAGCUUGUAUCCAUAGGUCGAUGUAACUAUAAUGGAAGAAUAGUUAUAUUUGUACUAAAUGAAGAUUUGUCAAGGAACCUUGUGUACACAGACAUUCAUUUGGAGCUAAUAUACAUGAUGGUAGGGAUUCUUCCUGAAAA